AUGGCGACUCCAGAGGCCCCCCUCCCCUCCACCGCCUCCGAACCCAUCAUCCCCCUCCCUACAAUCCUCACCCACCCCUCCUCAACCCCCCCCACCCUCAUCACCCAAGGCGCCGAAGCCCUCCUCUACAAAUCCACCUACCUCCUCCCCACCCUCCCGUGCGCCCUCAAACACCGCCCCGCAAAACCCUACCGCCACCCCAUCCUCGACGUCCGCCUCACCAAACACCGCAUCCUCAGCGAGGCCCGCGUCCUCGCCAAGUGCCGCCGCGACGGCGUCCCCGUGCCGGCUGUGUAUGCGCUCGAUGCCGAGCUAAAGGGGGGGUGGAUCGUGAUGGAGUGGGUGGAGGGGGAUGUGGUGCGCGUGGCGCUGAAUCGGUGGUUGAGGAGGAGGAAGACGGAGGGGAAAGCGCUGGAUGAUAAGGAGGGGCAGGAGAGGGUGUUGAGGUUGAUGACGAUGGUGGGUACGGCGGUGGGGACGAUGCAUUCGGUGGGCGUGGUGCAUGGGGACUUGACGACGAGUAAUUUGAUGCUUAGGCCGACGGCGGAGGGAGAGGCGAGUGGGCGUGUCGAGGAUGAUUUGGAGGGGGAGAUUGUGUUGAUUGAUUUUGGGCUGGCGAGUCAGAGCACACAAGACGAAGAUCGGGCUGUUGACCUAUAUGUCCUGGAAAGAGCGUUUGGAAGUACACACCCUGGCACGGAGGCGCUCUUUGGGGAGGUACUGAGGGCGUACGGGGAGAGCUUUAAAGGGGCUAAAGUGACGCUGAAGAAGUUGGAGGACGUGAGGAUGCGGGGUAGGAAGAGGAGCAUGCUGGGUUAG